AUGGACAGGACCAGGAUACAGCAUUCGACCGCACUGCCGUAUCCCGCACCAACAUGGCCGACUACGUCGCAAGAUAUCGAGGAAGCUGUCCUUGCCCUGCUCCUGCCACUCCUCAGACCGGUCGGUGAACACAGACAACACACCGCACGGCCUUCAAAAGGUCGCAAUCGCUCCAAAUGCAAGCCAAGAACUGAGACCAACAAUAGCAUGGUGAACGAGACCGCGGGAAUUCCAGAGAUAGCGGGACAGCUUACAGUAGGUCUUACAACCACGUACCGCAGCCUCAACGCCCAGGCACGCAAACUUCACGACGCCGACAGUGCGGCAGAGCCUGCCAUGGCAGUCGUGUUUGUCUGUCGCAAGGCUCUCCCCGAUCCCGCCUGCGCCUCCUUGCCAUUCCUUAUAGUCGCAGCUUCAUCCAAAAACCAGCCUGCGGAGGCCAUGCGGUUAGUGCCGGUUUCCGAAAAGGCCGAGAUGGCGAUCGCAUCGGCCCUCGGUCUGCCCCGUGUAGCGAUGCUUGGAUUACACGAGGCCGCCACUGGUACGAAGCCACUGGUACAAUACGUCCGGGAGAAGUUCGCACCGAUCGACAUUCCGUGGCUUCGGGCCGGUCCGGUCCCUCAGUACUUCCCGCUCAAGGUCGAUACCGCUCACAUUCCAGUUGUGCAGAAGGCCGCGAUCAAGCAAGGGAGCUCUGCAAAGUGA